AUGGCGCCCAGUUUCGAUACCCUGACCGAGCAGGACCUCCACGAAGAGGAGGAGGAGGAAGUCGAUUUCUCCGAUCUCAAGGAACAAUACGAAGUUAAACUCGAGGAGGGUUUGGACACAUUCGUCGUCAUCGAUGGCCUUCCCGUGGUCCCCAAGGACAGCCGACAGAAGCUCGUCAAGUUCUUGUUGAGGAAGUUGACCUCCGUCGGUCAAACCUCUGAAGAUGCCGUUUUUAUGCCGCUCAACGACAAGGAGAUGACUGAAGGAUUUGCGUUUGUUGAGUACGAAACCCCCGAACAAGCCAUGGCCGCCGUUAAGCAACUGCACGGCGUCCCUCUCGACAAGAAGCACACCCUCGCCGUGAACAAGUUGAUGGAUAUCGAGCGCUAUGGCCGCGAGGGCCGUAUCGACGAGGAGUACCAGGAGCCCACGAUCGAGCCCUUCAAAGAGAAGGAGCACCUGCGCUCGUGGUUAGGCGAUGCCAACGCCCGUGAUCAGUUCGCCCUCUACCGCAACGAUAAGGUUGGUGUGUUCUGGAACAACAAGAGCAACCCGCCAGAGAACGUCGUUGAUCGCGCUCACUGGACACAACUUUUCGUCCAAUGGUCCCCUAAGGGUAACUAUCUCGCCUCCGUCCACCCCCAGGGUGUCCAACUCUGGGGUGGCCCCUCCUUCUCAAAACAAAAGCAGUUUCCCCACCCCUUCGUGCAAUUGAUCGAGUUCUCGCCCUUGGAGGGCUAUUUGACUACGUGGUCCGCCCGCCCUAUCCAGGUGGAGGAAGGUCAGCCCAUCUUGACCUUUGAGGAAGAUGGAAAGAACAUCAUAGUUUGGGACAUCGAGACCGGCAAGCCCCUUCGCUCAUUCGUUUCCCACGAUCUCACUGCCGCUCCCGCCGUCGAGGGUGACGUUCAACCGAAGAAGAAGGUCCAGUGGCCCGCUUUCAAGUGGUCUGCGGACGAGAAGUACGUGGCCCGUAUGCUCCAGGGUCAGUCGAUUUCCAUUUACGAGGUGCCCAACAUGAACCUCCUGGGCCGGACCUCAGUGAAGAUCGAGGGCGUGAACGACUUUGAGUGGUCUCCCGCCACCGUCACCCGUGAGGGUGUCAAGCAAUAUGAGCAGCUGCUCUGCUUCUGGACCCCCGAGAUCGGCAGCAACCCCGCCCGUGUGGCCAUGAUGAGCGUGCCUUCCAAGGAGAUUGUCCGCACUCGUAAUUUGUUCAACGUUUCUGAUGUUAAGCUGCACUGGCAAUCCCAGGGUACCUACGUCUGUGUCAAGGUUGAUCGUCACUCCAAGUCCAAGAAGUCUCUCGCGACCAAUCUGGAGAUUUUCCGUGUGAAGGAGAAGGGUGUACCCGUCGAGGUGGUCGACAGCCUCAAGGAUACCGUCAUCAACUUCUCCUGGGAGCCCAAUGGAUCGCGUUUCGUUCUCAUCAACACCGGCGAGAACCCCACCGGCGCUGCCGUUCCCCCCAAGACCGCUGUUUCGUUCUUUGCUCCUGAGAAGAAGGGCAACGUCGCCGGCAGCUUCAAGCUUGUCCGCACAAUCGAGAAGAAGACCAGCAACGGCAUCUACUGGUCCCCCAAGGGUCGUUUUGUCGUCGUCGCUACUGUUCACUCUCAGUCCAACUUUGAUCUUGACUUCUGGGAUAUGGACUUUGAGGGCGAGAAGGUUGAGGCUGAGAAGGACCUUGCCGCCAACCUUCAGUUGAUGAAGACCGUCGAGCACUACGGUGUGACUGACAUUGAGUGGGACCCUACCGGUCGCUACGUCGUCAGCAGUGCCAGUGUCUGGACUCACUCAAUGGAAAACGGCUGGAAUCUGCACACUUUCUCCGGCAACACCCUUUCCGAAAACCCCACCGAAAAGUUCAAGCAGUUCCUUUGGCGCCCGCGCCCCGCCACCCUCCUCAGCAAGGAGGAGCAGAAGCAGGUUCGCAAGAACCUCCGCGAGUACUCCAAGGAGUUCGACGAGGAAGACAAGUACGCUGUGGACAUCGCCAACACCGCCGUUGUGGAGACGCGCAAGCGCGUGCUCAACGAGUGGCUUGCUUGGCUGCGCCGCGAGAUGGAGCUCCAGGCCGAGGAGAAGGAGGCCUUUGGACUCCCCGAAGACGCCGACUCGCCCAAGCUGGCCCUGGAUGCACCGACCGGCGGCGAGGACCAGGGCGACACAGUGGUGGAGGAGAUCGUGGAAGAGAUCGUCGAGGAGACCGAGGAGGUUAUUGGUUGA